AUGAAAAGAAGUUCCGGUGAUGAUUCCGCCGCGCAAGCUAAAAUGCAAACCCUGGAAGAUGAUAAAUUGAAAGCAUUAUUCAAUCCGAGAAUCUGGGAACCUGACUAUCAAAAGGAGCUAAGAGAUGAAAUUGCCAACUCUAAGCCUUUUAACUGGGGCUCUAUACCUAAGUUAAUUGAUGAUGACCUAUUACGUGCAGUUCGCAAAGAAAUUGAAACUGAAAUUCACUUCUCUAAAAAGGAAACUGAUAUUUACAAAGUUAACCAAAGUGGAGAUCUAGCCAAUCUUUCUAAACUAGACUGGAAUGAUUUAUCGAGACUUCCAAAUCUUUUCAAGCUACGUCAAUUAUUAUACUCUGAGAAAUAUAGAGACUUUUUUGCCUAUAUUACACAAUCUGGACAUUUAUCAGGUAAGAAGACGGACAUGAGUAUUAAUACUUAUACAAAGGGGUGUCAUUUAGUUCCCCACGAUGAUGUUAUCGGUUCAAGACGUAUUAGUUUUAUUCUAUAUUUACCCGAUCCAGAUAGAAAGUGGAAGUCACAUUAUGGUGGUGGUUUAAGACUCUACGAUACCAUUAUGCCAAAUGUUCCUGAGAAUGAUCCAUGUGCAAAAUUAGUUCCACAGUUCAACCAAAUUGCAUUCUUUAAAGUUAAUCCUGGGUUUUCAUUUCAUGAUGUGGAAGAAGUUAAAGUCGACAAGCAUAGAUUGUCCAUUCAAGGUUGGUACCAUAUUCCACAAGAAGGUGACAAGGGUUAUAUUCCUAAUGAAGAAGCCACGUAUAUUGAUAAAAACAUCACCCAAUUAGGUGAACUGGACUCUGCUGUAUUGGAAGAUUUUGAAUUCCCCAAGGAAGAAAGAGAGCUUUUGCCAAAUUAUCAAAUUAAGCAUUUUGAGAAGAUUUUAGAACGUUCCAACAGUGGUGAUAAUGAUUCUUCCAAUGUUCUUUCUAUUCCUAGCGGAAUGAAAGUAAUCCCAUCUGAGAUUCCAUCUUUGACUGAGGAAGAAGUGGCCUAUUUAUCUGAAUAUGUUGCCCUAGAACACUUAACUAAGGAAGGGAUUUCCAAGUUACAAGAAUCCUUCCUUGAAAAUUCAUUUUUGAGUAUUGAAUCAUUUCUAAAUGAAGAAAAGUCAAGCUUACUUGAGAAUCAAAUUAAGAGAACUGAAUUGGAGAAGGAUUGUCCAUUAUUUUCUAAAGAUGUUGCCUAUCCAUGGAAGACCGCAAUGCCAUCACAUAAAUGUAAAUACUUAUACAUUGAUGGUAAGAAACAACAAGAUUUGGCAACUGCCGAUGGACUUAUUACCACUUUGAAUAAUGAUGAAAAUUCUAAUUUUGAAAUGGUUAAAGAAUUAGUUAAUAUCGGAAAAGAAGAUAUUGAUACUGAAAAAUCACUAAUUGAAUUAAGCAUUUUUUUCAAGAGUUUGAUUUUUAAGAAAUAUUUAGUUUUAUUGACAUCUUUAUGUUUAAUUACCGAACAAGUCCUGAUUAGAAGAUUCAGACCAGGUAAUGACUUUACGUUGGCCAAUAAAUGUAAAAUGAACACGAAAUAUUUGAACGAGGUCCUUGACAAUGUCUUAGAAGGUACUUUAUGUUUGACUCCAUCUAAAGGAUGGGAGACUGGAGAUGUUGGUGGUUAUGAAAUCUAUAUGAUGGAUGGAACAAAGGAGAAAGCAGAAGACGAAGAUGAUGUUGAAGCUGAACGUUAUAAGAAUGAUGAGAAUGGUGAGUCCAUCCUAUUAAAUUCACCAGCAAGUUGGAAUACUUUUAACUUAGUAUUGAGAGAUGAAUCUGUUCUAGAGUUUGUGAAGUACAUUAGUUGGGAGGCUAAAUCUAGUAGGUGGGAUAUUAAAUUGAAGUGGGAUGUUAGAACUUUUGAUGAUGAAGAGUACGGUGAUGAGUAA